CUUCCUCCAGCCCCCAAGCUGGUUGUAUUUAGCUCCCGGGGCUUGGGCUACGACUUGCAGGAGUUUGGGGGGCAUCGAACGCAGCGGCCCUGGGGGUGCCCACGCCCAAGAACAGCCGUUCAGACGCCCGAGACCUCCGGGCAGAGAUGCGACUGGGAGUCUAGGGAAGCACUCUAUCCCUUCUCAGCCUGACAGGGAGGUUUCCCAGCCCCCUCCAGACAUUCUUGGAUGGAAUGAGAGGAGCUGGCACUGACCCCCCUCUGUGACCACUUCCUCUUCUGCCAUGGAGGAAGCCUUGUUGCCCCUGGCCAUGAGCUCUGACCCCAGGCCCUAUAAUCAACAACUCCCAGAGCCUCCAGACCCAGGAUGUGUCUUGGAGCCCCAGGACAGUCCUGAGGCAGCGCCUGCCCUGGUGUGUGCUCUUUGCUGCUGCCUUGGAAUCAUCUACUGCUGCUUCGGCUACCGCUGCUGCAGGGCAGUGAUGUUUCUCUCGGGCCUGCUGUCAGGAGCUCUGGUGAUCUUCCUACUGUGCCACAAUGAGCGGGUUCUAGAGACACAGCUGAGCCUGGAGGUGAGCGCGGGCAUUGCGCUAGGCAUCGGACUUCUCUGUGGCCUGGUCACCAUGCUGGUUCGCAGUGUCGGGCUCUUCCUGACUGGUCUCCUGCUAGGCCUAACCCUGGGCGCUGGGGCCGUGCUGGGCACCGAGCCCAUCUACCAACCACCUUCAGCCUGGGUGCCAGCUGGGGGGCUGGGGGGGCUUGCACUGCUGGGAGCCCUGCUCACACUUCAGUGGCCACGACCAUUCACAGUUCUGGGCACAGCCCUGCUGGGGGCUGCCAUGCUGGUGGCCUGUGCUGACUACUUCCUGGAGGGGCUGGCACUGGGCCAUCGGCUGGGCCAACGCUUGCAGGCACUUCCAGCCUUGCCUCCUCUCUGCUGGUAUAGCUGGGUCCUCCUGGGGACCUGGCCAGCCCUGGGGGCCCUUGGGGCGCUGGCCCAGUGGAAGCUCGUGGAUGAGGAACGUGGAGCCCACGCCAAUGGAGUGGUCUUGAGCCACCAGCGAAGGCAUCUCCAACUCCUUCGGAUCCAUCAGCAAGAGGCCAAGUGGCACCAGACCUCCGCUGGGGUGGGGCUCUGUGAGGGCAGCUACCAGCGCCACCUCCCCCAUAACACCUGGGGCCCUGCUGACAGUCUGGCUCUAGUGAAGUUAUCUCCAGAGCCUUCGAGAGCACCAGCUGGGACCAGGCCCCCAGGCCUCAGCCCCCCACGCCAUCCUGGACCUGGAUUCUGACUGUGGUUCCACUGUACCCCUCACCACACCUUCUGGUUCCAGCCAGACUUGAGCCUAAACCUCCACUGACCACCCCAAUCCCCCCAGCAAGGGCAUAGGGACACCCUAGCAGUGCCUGCACCCACAGGAAACACAAAAACUUCCCUACCUCUGGGACUGGAUAUGGAAUCUGUGCUCCCACCCCGACCAGCCCUGGAGGGAUUUGUUUCAGGGACCAAGGAUCCUGUGGAGUGGGGAAAGGAAGGAUGAGUACAUGUCUCUGUCCAAUCAUGGAGGCACCCUGGCCUCUAAAGUAACUAGUUCCCUAAUUCCUCCAAACCAAGAAGGGCCCUUACCCAAAUAGCCUUCUGUAUGUCUGCCUCAGUGUGCCUCACAUGCUUAAAUAAGGGGUUCUGUGUUUGUAGGACCUAUAGAAAAUCAGGAAGCCUUCUAAAGCACCUGAUAGUUUUUUAGUGGGGAGUAGGGCACAGAGGGGCUCCAGGAUCCCCUAAUCCCCAAGCCCCUCAUUAGGGAGUACUCGGGUUCCUGGUUAGCCUUUCCCCCUGGACCCCAUAGGUCCAAGCCCCCUUCUCCUACCUCAAUUGGGGGCACUGUCCUCCAUGGUGCUUCUUUUUCUCUCCUUCUUAGUGUGGGGAAGAUCAUGGGGCAGUACCUGGCUCAGCACCCACCUCCCAAAAAGCUAGCUUCUUGCUCCAAGGAAAGAGCAUUGACCCACAUGGAAGAGUCUUGCCCUUUUGUUUAAAGGAGUUUGGUCUUUGGGGCUGUGUGGGAGACAAGUGCCUUCUCUGCUUCUCAUUGUAGGUAAUGCUGAUCUUAAACAGAACUUUGUCCCAGCCAUUCUAAUCCUCCCCUCUCUGAUUUUCCUGCCCAAAGUCUGUUCCCUGGUUCCCAGACAGCAUGAAGGAAGAUGCAUCCCCCUGGGCAGCAAGGCCUUGAUGGGAGGAAGAACAUGGGUGCAUGUUAAUAAUAAAUGGCAUUGAACGCUG